GUUAGAUAAUCAUUCUGUAUGAAAUGCUGCCUUGAUUAAGAUGCUUAAAAGUAGUAAUUCAACUUGAAGAAAGUGUUGUUCAAUACUGCCGUAAACGUGAAUCAGUUUGUUCCACUUCUAGACAGCGGUUUUCAAUCCUUACGUAUUUGAUGAAAGAAUGACAGCUCAAGAACUGAUAGCUAAAUAUGAAAAAAAUAAUUGAAAGAAAUGGUUACCUAUUCCAUUUUAUAAUGAUGCCCUUGGUAAACUCGGGUAUACAAAGGCGCGUUUGGAGGAAAGGGUCAAAAUAUAUGACAAUGGUGCCAAAGGUUUGACCAAGGUAGUGAAUAGAAAUUGGUCAGAAAACAUAAAUGUUGUUGUUGCCGGAAGCCGUGGUGAAGGGAUGGCAGUUUCAUGGAAAAGUGAUGUAGAUGUGAUAUUUGUUCAGUCAGCUGUUAAAUGUUUUGAAAUUUACCCAACGGUAGAUUCCAAAGAAGUUGGAAAGUAUGAAGCAGCCUUUGAAUUUGAUUUAGAUAAUGUUCCCGAAGGAUAUACAAAAUUACUUUUAAAACAUUUCAGAUGCUCCACAAAAUAUGCAGAUCUAAGAUCAAGAAUUCAAGAAUCAUUGACAGACAAAGGUUAUUUGAAAAAUGGCGAAAGACUGAUUGCAGCGGUAGAGUAUGGGGGCAAAGGUGUUAAAAGAGAAGGUUAUCUCAGCAAAACUUACAUGCACGAUAAAGUAACAGGACCUGCACAGCCAUUCCGAUUUAAAAUUAACCCAGCACUUGAUAUGGAAAUAUCUGUUGACCAUGUUCAAGCAUUUCCUUGUGAGUACCCAUCAGCAUUGGACGACUGGCUUAAGCAAGAGAGACAAAAUACCUGGCCGAGUUCAGAUGUCUUGAAGGAAGUACAGAAAACAGAUUUAUUGGUUGUCUCUGUUGGGCUGUCCGGCAGUAAAGAUGAGAACUUGCAAAGGAGAAUUUCUUUAACCCUCGCAGAGAGAGCUCUGAUACGCUCGUUCAAUGACACGCAGAUAAAGGUGUAUGCUGCAAUGAAAAUGCUGGCGAAACAUGAACUGAAACCAAUAUGCACUAAUAUCACUUCAUACAUAGUGAAAAAUGUGAUCUUCUGGGUGUUUGAAAAAAGGAUGGGCACAUUUCAGGAAGACGACUUUGUUGAGAUAUUAUUGCAGGCCCUGGUGUACUUGAAAGAAUGUAUAACUUUGGGAUGUCUUCCAAAUUACAUGAUUCAUUCCAAGAAUUUGCUACAAGGGAAGGUGUCACAAGAAGAGAAAAUCAAACUGGAAAAACAUCUCGAUAUUCUGAUUACAGAAGAUUCGACGGUGCUAUUACGUUGCCCUUUGGUACAGGAAAUGGUUGAAAAAUCGGAGGAUGAACUGAAAAAUAAAUUGCUUUUUAGAGAACUGACGGAUAAGGUUUUGCUUGCAAUAUUCGCUGUUCCUCAGCAUGAAUACGACAAAAUUGAACAUUUAUUUCAUGUAGCACAGAAAAGCGAUGAAUGUGUUAAGGUAUACGCUGACAAGGUGUUACCAAUAAUAAGAGAGUCAAAUCCAUUCGGUGUAUUUACUCUACUUACAACUCUGUCGGGUCCGGAAAUUAUAGGUCGGAUAUAUGAAGGAUUCAUGCAUGGCUUUGCUGAAUGUUGGAUGGGUUAACACAAUCACAAGUAAGACAAAUCAUAUAGUUACGAAGACUUUACUGACCUAGUUGAAGGAACUCUUUGUCUUUUACUCACGUGCAUCCAAUAUUUUACAGUUCAAAAUUGUAUUAUGUAAAUAGAGUUCAUACAGAUGUGCAAAACACAAACUCGAUACGUGGAUUCAAUGUUGUUGUAUUUUCCUGUCUUUUGUAAUCAUGAAGUCUAUUCAAUAGAUGUAAAAGAGUUCUGUUUAAGCCGGUGCUAUGAUUCUUUUUUUUUGUUGCAUUCUAUGCCUUGAAGCAUCUUUUUUAUAGAUUUCGUAUGAUAUAUAUUGAAAAUAGCCAUGCGCAUUAAUCUUUAUACAUGUACGGUGACAUAAAAUGACAAAUUUGUUAACAUGAUAACUUGCUUAAAAAUGAUUAUGAAAAGACUUACUGUUAUACUAUCAACACAGCAUCAAUACGAUAUAGACAGAAAAAAUUAAGAAGUACAACAAAUUUCCUACAACUGGAAAUGUAAUUAGUAUACUGUAUUAGAAAAUCUGCAACAGUAACAGUUGCGAAAUGCCUUGUUACUUUGCUCUGUCUUUGUUACAUUGUUCAUAAAAAUACAGUUACAACAGA